AUGAUUGAGUAUUGCAAGUCGGAUGUGGCGUUGUUGAAAGCGGGGUGUGAAGCCUUUCAACAAGAAUUUGAACGACAGGCUGGUUUCAAUCCUAUGGCCAAAUGUAUCACCAUCGCCAGUGCCUGUAAUCUCUAUUGGCGCAAGCACCAUUUGACCCCCGACACGAUCGCUGUCGAACCACUCCAGGGGUGGCGAGGGGCUCAAGUCAAUCAAUCGCUCAAGGCCCUACAAUGGUUGUACUACCAAGAAGACCUUAUUCCUAAAGAGGGGGCUAGUGCCGAUCGCAUUCGUCAUGUCCGGAAUGGGGGUGAGCAGUUUGUCCGGACCCUCGUGAACAGUUAUUUUGUCGAUGGCUAUGAUCCUCUGACCCGCACUGUCUACGAGUUCCAUGGGUGUCUCUACCAUGGCUGUCCCACCUGUUAUCCCAGUAGAGACGCCAAACAUUAUGCCACACCAGAUCGAACCGUGGAGGAACUGUAUCAGGCCACGCUCUCCAAACGCAUGGCCCUGCUCCGAGCUGGUUAUACCGUGAUCGAAAUGUGGGAGUGUGACUGGGACCGACUGGUGGACACUGAUGAAGCUGUCCAACGUUUCUUGACGUCAUUUGAUUUGGCUGCACCCUUGAAACCCCGUGACGCCUUUUUUGGAGGUCGCACUGGUGCAGUGGCCUUGCAUGCUGUGGCUGAAGAGGGGGAGGAAAUACGUUAUGUGGAUGUGACCUCUUUGUACCCAUGGGUGAAUAAGAACUGCCCUUACCCUAUCGGUCAUCCCAAGAUCAUCACCCAACCUGUCGACCAGUCCUUGGCAUCCUAUUUUGGUGUGGCGACGGUGGAUAUUCUGCCUCCCGCUGGUCUAUUCCACCCGGUCUUGCCUGUACGCUGUGGCCAAAAACUCACGUUUCCUCUUUGCUGUGCCUGUGUCCAAGAGGAACAAGCCCAACCCAUGUUGACCCGAACCCAGUAUUGCCCUCAUUCGGAUGCAGAUCGUACACUACGUGGGACCUGGUGUACGCCCGAAUUGGUCAAAGCGGUGGAAAAGGGGUACACUCUCAUCAAGAUCCACGAAGUCUGGCAUUUUCCCCCCGAGCAACGCCAAACAGGUCUUUUCGCUGAUUACGUGAACACAUGGCUCAAACUCAAACAAGAAUCGGCGGGGUGGCCCAGUUGGUGCCAGACCCUCGAACAAAAACGCGACUACAUUCAUCGCUACCAGGAACGGGAGGGGAUCCGAUUGGACAUUGCCAGCAUUGCCAAAAACCCUGGUCGCAAAGCCACCGCCAAACUCAUGUUGAACAGUUUCUGGGGUAAGUUUGGUGAGCGGAUCAACAAACCCACCACCGUCACUGUUCAAAACCCCGCCCAUUUGUUCAGCCUCGUUUCUGAUGCAGCUCUUGAUCUCAGUACGCUCCGCCUCUGUACCGACGAUAUUUUGGAAGCCGUCUACACCAGUGUCCAAGACAAU